AUGCGCGAUGAGCGCCGCGCACCGCAGUCGGUAACGCGCGCCAGUGCGGCCGCGACGCCAGCCACGCCAGCCGCCGCUCCAUCCAAGACACGCGCACCCGCUGCUGCUGCUGCUGCUGCCGCAGGGCAUCCGAGCCAAGCCAAGCCUGCCGGGACGCCGCACCGUGGAGCGAGCUCGACUGCCGGCGGCAGUGGCAGCAUGCCGACAAAACGCGAUCUCUUCCAAACGCCUGCCGCCCAGACACGGACCUCGGCGUCCUCCUCCCUCGCUGCGACUCCCAUGGCCGCUCCUGCCACGAUCGAGUCAUCAGCGGCACCCACGGCUGCCGGGCCGGCGAGAGGCGCGUCGGUCGCGGCUCGGCUGCGCGCCAAGAUUCGCGAGCUGCUUUCCCGCCAUGCCUACGACUCGGCUGCCUUCUGGGCGGACAAGCUGGUCGUCAUCGAUGCAGGAGAUCGUGCAGACACUCUGCUCUUGGCACGCUGCUUCCAUCUGUCUGGCCAGCAUGCGCGCGCCAUAGAGCUCAUCCGCCGACAUGGCUCGGUCGCGGCGACUGCGCAACGUGCCAUGGCGAACGCCGUUGUGGCCUCGGAGCCGCUGGAUCAGGAUGAGGAGACCUCGGAGCACAAUUGCUGGCGGCUCAUGUUUGACGAGACGCAAGAUUCCGCCCUCCGAUUGGACGCCAUGACGCUGUUCCACAGUGGUCGGGUUGACUCUCAACCCUCGCUCGCUGCGCAGUACGCGUCGUCCUCGCGCAACACGUCUGCUGCCUCGCGUGCGCCUGCCCUGAAAAGCGCCGAGUGUCGAUUUCUGGCCGCGCUGUGCCAUUUCGCGCUCAAGGAGUACGAGGAUGCGCAAGAAAUGCUGUGCUCGACCAUUGAAGAUAUGGAGCAGGCUUGCGAUGACUACGCGUCGCUUCCGCUCUCUGUUGCAAGCGCCAUCUGCGUCCUUCGCGGUCGCGUUUUCGAGACCCUUGACAAUCGAUCUCGGGCGACCCGAAACUACAUUGAUGCGCUCCAUCUAGACGUAUAUUGCCACGAAGCUCUUGAGCAGCUCGUGUCGCAACGAUUGUUAACGCCCCUGGAAGCUGCCCAACUUAUGGUUGAUCUGCAACCAGCCAUCCUGGCGCAAGCCAAGGAUGACGCUCCGCUCUUGGUGGAGCUCUACCUGUCUGAUACUGCACGUCUCGGCCCAAUCUCGUCGGCGUCGUUGAAGCAAACAUCCGCGCUGGUCCGCUCGGUGGGCAAGAGCACUGAUGUGCUGGUCAAUCAGGCCGAGCAGUUGUAUCAGCUGCAGCAUUCCGUGCUGGCCAGCAUCGAAAUCACUCGUCAUGUUUUGGAACUCGACCCCUAUCAUGAACGGUGCCUGGUGCUCCAUCUGUGCUGUCUUGUUAGUCUUGGCGAAACCAGUGAUUUGUUUGCCCUGGGACAUCGUCUGGUCAAGUCCAAUCCGGACUGGGCCAUCGCAUGGCUUGCUGUCGGGUGCUACUAUCUCACCACCGGCAACAGCGAACGAGCACGACGAUAUUUCACGAAAGCAACUUCGUACGAUGUGCACUGUGCGCCGGCCUGGGUUGCAAUUGGACACUCUCUCAUUGCUGAAGGCGAAUACGACACUGCAUUGGCGGCAUAUUCAACCGCGUCGCGUCUGCUUCCAGGGUCCUACCUCCCGCUCGUUUUCAGUGGGAUUUGCUAUUUGCGCAAUAAUAAUAUUGCCAUGGCCGAUUUACUUUUCAACCAGGCCCACUCGAUCGACGCCACAGACCCACUCGUGCUGUGCGAGCUGGGCGUUGUGGCAUUCCGAAAUGGCGAUUAUCACGGUGCAAAGGCACGCUUUGUGCGCGGCAUUCUGCUCAGCCAGGCCAUGAACAAGACCAAAUCGCCUGCCAUUCUUGAUGUGUGGGAACCGUUGGUCUUUAACCUGGCUCAUUGCCAUCGAAAGCUUGGCGAAUACGCGGACGCGAUCAAAUAUUACGAGUGGUCUGCUGCGCUCUUCCCUCGCAACGCAAGCGUGUUGACCGCGCUCGCGUUCUGCUACCAACUGGAGGAAAACUUUGCCAGCGCCAUUGAACUUUAUCACAAGGCGCUUUCGCUCAACCCGGAUGAACCGCUGGUCUCGGACUUGCUGCCGAUCGCCAUGCGGCUCAUGCGAACAUCAAACUCAUCGAGUCUUCAGUUGCUCAAGUGAAACUCGACCCCUGAUUCUUAACGCCUUUUUUUUCCAUUUUUCCUCUUUUCCAUUUUUUUUUUGUCCGUUUUCUCGAUUUGUACAGUCUUCACUCGUUUUCUCGAUAAUACAAUGUUAAC